CCUCUCACUUUCAAAAAAAAAAAAAACUAAGACACCUCUCACUUUCAAAAAAAAAAAAAACUAAGACACCUCUCUAUCUCUAUCCAUCUCUAGUGUCUCUCUCUACCAAACAAAUCGAAAAGCAAAAAAAAUAAAAAUAAAAAGACAGAAAAAAAGAGUGAGCUUUCCGCCAUGAGAAUAAGGAAGCAUGCGAAGGUGUCACCUCUCACGUACGCCGCCGCCGCCGCCUCCUCGAUAAAGCCCGGCGCCGUCAAGCUUCCGACUCGUAUCUGUCAGCUCAAUCAGUCUCCUUGGGACGUCAUCACCUUCCCUAUCGAAGACGAAUCCUCCCCGUCGUCGCCGCAUCCCGCGGCGCCGCCGCCUCAUCUGUUCUUAUUGCAGUCCGGCGGAUGCGGCGGAACUCGUCCCCUUCCCGAUUCAAACGGAGCCGUUCAGAGCUCCGGCCUCACGGCGGCGGUUCUGUGCUCCAAGACCGACGGCAAGGCGUGGCAGUGCAAGAGGGAGGCGAAAUCCCGUGGCGCUUUGUGCGACCACCACUUGGAGCAGAUCAAGCACUACAACAACCUGGCUCGCCCUGCCGCCGGGAACCAGACUCUUGCUCCGACCGGCAAGAAUAGCCGCCCCCGGCCGAAGAAGACUCAUUCGGCAUCCUCCUCCUCCUCCUCGAACCAGCAGCAAGAUUUGUACUAUUACACCGGGUUCGGGCCGCUAUGGGGCAAGAAAAGAGGCCCGGGUCGGGCGCGGUAUAACAACACGGACUUGCCAAACACCUCCCACCAUGACCCGAGCCACGGCGUGGAAGACGAAUUCGACAGCGAAGACGACGAGGAAGACGGAGUUGGGAAGAAGGAAAAAGUGCGGAAACCGAUCAAAGCCAGGUCCUUGAAAUCGAUCAUCAUGUAAGACCAAAGUUUAAUGUGUUUUGCUUCUCUAUUUCUAUUUUUUUGUUAAUUUGUUAUACCAAACGUGCAUUUAUUUGCAUGAUACCAUUAGAUUUCCGUCUUUAAAUUCACAUUUCCCUAACUCGAAUUUGAUAAAACAUUGUAUGGAUGGAAAAUAAUAGAUCUUCUAGGCU